AUGGAAAAUGAAGCGACAAAAAUCCUGAAAACAGGACACAGCGAUAAGGAAGCCAUUGGAGAAGAAGCUCUACAAAAUCAUCAAUCUCUCUCUAUCUCUUCCGGAUGAGUAGUUUCGCUUCGCCGGCCAGUGCCUGCAGUUCUCUGGGAUGGAAAUCUUCGAGCUUCUUAGUCCACUCGGCCAUAAAACCGAGCAAUUCCGUCGAAUUACUUAUUCCCAGGAGGCUAGUCUCCAAAAAUAAACAUUUCUCUGUCACGUGCUCAUCUUCAUUAUCGGAUCCUCCACUAUUGGUGAAGGCGGCAAGAGGAGAUCCUGUUAGUCGGCCACCAGCAUGGAUGAUGCGGCAGGCAGGAAGGUAUAUGGCAGUUUACAGAAAACUUGCAGAGAAAUAUCCAUCUUUCAGAGAGAGAUCAGAAACAACUGAUCUCAUUGUAGAAAUUUCAUUGCAGCCUUGGGAGGCCUUCCAUCCUGAUGGAGUUAUUAUUUUUUCCGACAUUCUAACCCCUCUACCUGCAUUUGGCGUCCCUUUUGACAUAGAAGAGGUAAGAGGCCCUGUUAUUCAGUCACCUAUUCACUCCGAAGAGGGAUUGAAGGCUCUUCAUCCCAUUGAUUUCGAGAAACUUAACUUUGUCGGGGAGUCGCUUAAACUUCUGCGCAAGGAGGUUGGUGGCAGUGCUGCUGUCUUGGGUUUUGUAGGAGCUCCUUGGACAAUUGCAACAUAUAUAGUGGAAGGCGGUACAACACGAACAUAUACAAAGAUUAAGAGAAUGUGCCACACAGCCCCACAUGUGUUAAAGACGCUCCUUUCUCAUUUGACACAGUCAAUAUCAGAAUAUAUUAUUUACCAAAUAGAACAUGGGGCUCAUUGCAUACAAAUAUUUGACUCGUGGGGUGGACAAUUGCCACCUGAUAUGUGGGAAUCUUGGUCAAAGCCAUAUAUUGAGAAGAUUGUGAGUACAGUAAGGGAUAAGUGCCCUGAAACACCACUUGUUCUCUACAUCAACGGAAAUGGCGGUCUUCUAGAGCGAAUGAAAGGAAUAGGAGUUGACGUUAUUGGGCUCGACUGGACAGUGGACAUGGCUGACGGAAGGAAAAGAUUAGGAACUGAUAUCAGUGUACAAGGAAAUGUUGACCCUGCUUAUCUGUUUUCUCCUCUUCCUGCUCUAACGGAAGAAAUUCAAAGGGUUGUGAGAUGUGCAGGACCAAGAGGACACAUUCUAAACCUCGGGCACGGUGUCCUUGUCGGUACACCAGAAGAAGCGGUUGCGCACUUCUUUGACGUCGCUAGGAGUUUGAACUUUGAUACUUUGUCCCAAGAUUUGGCAGCCCAAGAACCCAAAUUGGUAGCAUAGUUGAGUUAGAGUGAUUCGAUCAUUUUGUUUAGAAUUGGCUGAAGAUUUUUAUUAACCUUUUUGGUAGAAGCGGCUGUCAUUUGAUUUAACAUAUGGCUUUGAGGACCUGAGAUUUCUGUAAUCUGUACAUGCUCAAGGGUUGCCUAUUGAAGUGAUUUUUCUAUUUGUAACCUCUCUGUGAAAUUCUGUAUCAGUUGAAGCAAAACCCUCUAAGUAGGUUGAAAUACUCCUGGGGUCUGUAAUUUUGAAUUUGUGGCCCAUGUAUUUUUAAAAUAUAUAUUUUAGUCCUUGUACUUUCAA